ACAACAGAACAACAUGAGCAAUCUCUUGGCUGUCGUUUUCAUUGCUGCCUGCUUUACGGUGCCUCUGGCUGCCAUGUUUUCUCGGAGAUACGCCAGAAGCAUGGACUUUGAUGAUAAAAAGUCAGAAGACGAACUUCUAGGAGAGUAUUCUAUAUCGUUUAAAGACUGUGCUGAGAAGUGUGGGAGAGAUUGCGGUGUCUUUGGGUAUAAUGAAAGAUUGAAGAAAUGCCGGCUCCACAGGAAACUCCACAAGUCGUCAGCAUCAGAUGCAGAGGGCUGGAGAUAUUUUUUUCAUGAUUUUCUCGCCACAGACUGCCAGGAUCUUCUUGAUAAAGGCCGCACUAAUAGCGGCGUGUACGACAUCUAUCCUUAUAGGAUCAGUUCUAUUCCAGUCAGGGUGUUCUGUGACAUGGAUACAAUGGGAGGGGGAUGGACGGCAAUUCAAAAACGGAUAGAUGGAUCCGUGACCUUUGACAGGAUCUGGAUAGAUUACAAAAAUGGGUUUGGUUCACCGGAAGGAGAAGUCUGGAUUGGAAAUGAUAUAAUCCACCAGUUAACGAAAGAAAACACCUCAUCCCUUUAUGUAUCCAUCACUCUCCAGAAUGGUACAACACUCUAUGAAAUGUACGAUCGAUUCUCUGUCUCCAACGAAACAGCGAAAUAUCAACUCUUUCUUACAGGACCUGCCACUGGGACCCUAGGUAAAUGUUUUUAUGUAAAAUUCUUAAAACUGCAUAAAAAUCCCGAAUAUCAUCAUAUACUUCUUGGCCCGUGGGGAUCCGGGUUAGAAUAGGUCCUCAGUUCCCCCUUGCUUGUCGUAAAAGGCGACUAAAUGGGGCGGUCCUUCGGAUGAGACCGUAUAAACCGAGGCCCCGUGUCACAGCAGGUGUGGCACGAUAAAGAUCCCUCCCUGCUCAAAGGCCGUAAGUGCCGAGCAAAGCCUAAAUUUGCAGCCCUUCACCGGCAAUGGUGACGUCUCCAUAUCAGUGAAAUAUUCUGGAGAGCGACGUUAAACAGUAUACAAUC